GCACUUAAAAUUGUUAGUGUAAGAUCAUGUAGAUAGAUGUGACAUAGGGAUUUAACCAAAAUUUAGCAUUCAACUCAUUGUACUUGUGAAAAUAUGGGUUCAAAAGUUAAUAUUUGUAGAAAAGUUUAGUAUUUUAACAUAUAUCUAUGUUCUGAAUGUGCGAAUAUCGUCGAACAUAAGCUCCUCCAUCUUCCUCUGACGUAAACAAGGUAUAUUUCCACGAAAAAGGGUCAUUCUUUAGGCAGUUGUAAGUUGCAAUGAAGGGUGGAAAAGGAAAAGGGGCGUUGAGAAAAGAAACAAGGUCGGCACUGAAGCCUGUUGAGGAUCGAAAGAUGGGGAAGAGAAAAGCCACGUUGAAGGACGACAAAAGGAAGGUCAAGAGGGAUAAAAAGGCCAAAAAGGAUCCUAAUAAGCCUAAGAGGCCUCCAAGUGCCUUCUUCGUAUUCCUUGAGGAAUUCAGGAAGACAUUUAAAAAGGAGAAUCCUAAUGUGAAGGCUGUAUCAGCUGUUGGGAAAGCUGCAGGAGAAAAGUGGAAAUCUAUGAGCGCAGCUGAAAAAGCACCAUAUGAAGCCAAAGCUGCAAAAAGGAAGGCCGAGUAUGGCAAGCUCAUGAAUGCUUACAACAACAAGCAGCCGGAAAGCUCAGAUGAUGAGGGCGAAGGCGAAGAAGAAGAAGAAGAAAAGUCAAAACCUGAGGUACAUGAUGAAGAUGCGGAGGAAAGUGCGCAGAAUGAUGGAAGCUGGAGUGAGAAUUGGCAGAUGCAUGAUCCUGACGAAAGAAUUGUGUGCUUGGAAUCUCAUCUAAGGUCGAUCCAGUUGGCUGGUUUAAAAAGAAUGAAGAAGAAAAACGAGAUAGAACUACUAAGGUUUUUUCUAAAGAAUGCACGGGUAUUAGAAAAACUGACAAUUUUUUGGGCUAGCUAUGCUCGUACAUCGGAAGAGAGACUAAAGAAGGUUCUGGAGCUUCCUAGAAGUUCUUUUGACAUUUCUCAAUGCCAAGCCCCAACCUAAACCAAGAUCUCGUAA